ACAAAGUUCGAAAAGAAAAUAGCUUUGACCUCACUCUUUCUUCUAUCUUUUAUUAAUCCAAAAACCCUCUCUCUUUCAUAGAAAGCUUCCUUUCUUUUUUUGGCUGAGACUUCGACGAACUGGCCGGAGAAGAAAGAGAACGUUUGAUUUGGUUUUAUAAAAGCCAAAAUAACAAAAACAAUAAAGUGGGAAUAUUUAGUUAGAAUCAAUCAAUCGAGUCCAGAGAAAAUGAGCUGAAGGGUUGGGUUGGGACGACUGAUGAGUGGUGGGAAAUUGGGAUUUGAUCUUGAUUGGUGAUACAUAAGAGUGCAAAUUUGGAAAUGGGUAGGCCACGGUCUUUUCGGAGCAAGGCAGUCCACUUUGUAUCUGAUCUCACCACUGUCUUGCUCAAUCCCAUUUCUGACAAACCCUCCAAAACCUCUCCUCCUCCUCCUCCUCCUCCUCCUCCUCAUGCUGAAGAUGAGGAUGAGUCCAAAGGAAGUCAAAAUGAAUCAAGUAGUGAAGAGAGUCCCGUUAAUGUAGUUGAUGGGCCUGACACUUCUUCCUUUAGUGCAUUCCUCUACUCUCUAUUGUCAUCAGAGUCUGAAGAUACUAAUACAAAUGCAGAUGAGAAAAUUGAUAAUCAAAUGGAUAGGAGUAACCCAUCAUCUGAUUCUGCAAUCAAAGGAAAUGGUGGAAAGAGAAGUUUACUUUCUAAGGGGAAACAGUCACUUAGUAAAGUUAUCUAUCAAGCUGUGAGAUUUGGUGGAUAUCGGAGUCAAGAGCGCAAGGGUAACCCUGACAUGAAAGUUGAUGAUAGGAAUGACUUGGAAUUUACUGGAGUUGAGAUGAGGCAUGUGCAGAAAGCCGAAAAGCCUAUGGCUUUGGUUGAUCUCCCAGACAUCUCUGAACCUUCUUUACUUCUUACAGAAAUAACUAGAACUGCUCUUUAUGCUUCAAUGCCAGCGCUUGUUCAAGGACGGAAAUGGUUGUUACUGUAUAGUACAUGGAGGCAUGGCAUAUCAUUGUCAAGCCUAUACAGAAGAAGUAUGCUUUGGCCUGGCCCAAGUUUGCUGGUUGUUGGAGACCGUAAAGGUGCAGUUUUUGGUGGCUUGGUGGAGGCACCUCUACUGGCUUUUCAGUUCAUCUACAAUUAUUUCCUUCUAUGUAUGUUGUAUUCAUGCCAACUUUUUAAACAGGGAACAAAUGAUACAUUUGUUUUCACAACUACACCUGGAAAUCCUGUUAUAUAUCGCCCUACAGGUGCAAAUCGUUAUUUCACAUUGUGCUCCACUGACUUUUUAGCAGUUGGUGGUGGUGGUCAUUUUGCACUCUAUUUGGACAGUGAUCUAUUGAGUGGAUCAAGUUCAUUCUCGGAAACCUAUGGGAAUCCUUGUCUUGCACACUCAGAAGACUUUGAGGUGAAAGAAGUUGAGCUGUGGGGCUUUGUAUAUGCUACUAAGUAUGAGGAAGUACUUGCUCUAAGCCGUACGGAGGCACCUGGGAUUUGCCGAUGGUGAAUGCUUUAUUUAGACCUCAUUUUACUAUGGUGGUUAGCAUCAUCACCUUAGCUGAGGCUAAAUGUUGUAGCUGGAGCCGGAUGCCAACCUAGUUAACAACUGAUGACUAGUCUUUUGUAUAUGUGAACCAAUUUCCCUAUUACGUUUGUAUAGACAGGUCCCUCCAUGUACAUAAACAACACCUAAGCAUUGUACAACCUUUUUGAUUAGAUAGUGAUUGUAAAUACCAAAUACUGUACUGGUUGGUAAUAAAUCUGUACAAGAAGAUGCACUCUUGGAUCA